AUGUUCCGGAUGUGUUUCUGUCGGUUGCAGCGGGUGGAGGCGCGCCCCACCUGGCCACCCCCAGGUGCUGAAAAGAUGGAGGUGGUCAUGGCUGUCUGUAUAUCUGGGCGUCUCGGUUGGGGGGUCACCGUGACCUGUGAAUCUCCUCCAUCGCACGCAACGCCCCCCCCUUCCAUGUCGAAACAAAGUCUGCUUGUCUUGUCCACCGCCGCAGUGUCGCUGGCCACCGGCGUCCUCAUCGGCUCUAUGCUCUCGAAGGGCAACACACGCUCCCACGCCAGGCCACCCGCCAGGCCACCCGCCAGGACGCCUGCGAAUACCACAGAACAGGUGCCUAAGGCACCUGUUCUGGCCCAGUCCUCCAGCGAGUCCGAGUUCGAAACAGAAACUGAGUCGGACUACGAGAUCGAGUCGCUGCAGCUCAACGACGUGCCCGGCGAGGUCAGGCUGGCGUUGGUCAUUCGCCAGGACCUCCAGAUGACCAAGGGCAAGAUCGCCGCCCAGUGCUGCCACGCCGCCCUCCAAUGCUUCAGGAACAUCGCCGUAAAUUCAGAGAAAAUAUCAUACAACCCAGUCAUGACAGACCGUUGGCUGCGUAAUGGACAGGCAAAGAUCACCCUCAAGUGUCCAGACAAGGAGCUCAUGGACGAACUGUUCGCAAAGGCCAUCUCCCUGGGCGUCAAUGCCUGCGUCAUCCACGAUGCAGGCAGAACACAGAUCGAGGCCGGCAGUGCCACAGUCUUAGGUCUAGGUCCUGCUCCAAAACAGGUGCUGGACCUCAUCACCGGCGACUUGAAGCUGUACUGA